CCAAGGGAAAUUGGAAAGUUGACAUAUUAUGUUAAUGUGAAAACCAAUUUUUUUUUUUUUUUUUACUGCCAGGACACUGCUAGUGUUUUGCACAUUAGAUCAGGUGCAGGUAUCAGCGACAUGGUGCUGAUACUGACAGCUGCUCAGUUAACCAUCAUCAUCAUCAUCAUCCUGUAGUGUGUGCACUGAAAUCAGGAGCCCCCUCACGUCUUUCUCCCUGCUGUCUUGUCGCAGCGGGGUUAUCGAACAGAAGAACUGAUCAUUCCUCAGUUCAAUGUAUUGAUCAGGCUAUACGCUGACGUCAUGGUCAAGUGGACAGACAAGGAGCGCAGCACGGUCCAAGAUGUCUGGGGAAAAGUUAAUAUCGACGAGGUUGGACCAGAAGCUUUGGCAAGAGUUUUAAUCGUCUACCCCUGGACCGAGCGGUAUUUCGGUAGGUUUGGAGAUAUCUUCAAUGCCACUGCUGUUUUGAAUAACGCCAAAGUAGCAGCCCACGGCAAAGUGGUGCUGAAGGAGCUGGACACAGCGGUGAAGAACAUGGACAACAUCAGAGGCGCAUACGCUGCUCUGAGCCGGCUGCACUACGAGAAGCUCCAAGUGGACCCGGAUACCUUCCGACUGUUGGCGGACUGCAUCACCAUCACCAUCGCCUGCAAACUCAAGAGCGCGCUAGACCCUCAGGCCCAAGCGACCUGGCAGAAGUUUCUGUCUGCUGUGGUCGAGGCGAUGAGCAGUCAGUACGACUGAAGAGGCGAGACAAAAAUAAAUAAAAGUCAUGUUUGAACCCUG